CCCCGCGACCUUUAAUGCGACGGGGGGUUAAUGUUCUCAACGAUAUCGACCUCUUUCCCCUUCGCUUUCCCAGAUUAUUCUCUGUCUGCAUGUAGAGAGACGAAUGGAGCAAGAAGUAGACGAAGGAAGAGAGGCAUCCGUCGUUACGGACGGGGUGCUCUACGAGAUCCGCCGCCACGCGACGGGGGAUUUCCCGUCGGAUUCAUCUCUCCCACCGGUCGGUGACAGUUCCAGUGGCGGAUUGCUGUCGUAUCUCUCUCUUCGAGGUGUGAACCAACUUAAGGAGAGGUGGUACGGGUACAGCAGACCAAGGGCAAAUAAGAAGAGGGUAUCGCUUUUUGUCUCCCCCCGUGGCGAGCAUGUGGCUGUUGCUGCUGAAAAUCGAAUUACCAUUUUGCACAAGGAUGAUGACUAUAUGGAGCCUUGUGGUGUAUUUACAUGCAAUGAUAUGCAAGCAGUCUUCAACAGUGGAGCUUGGGUAGAGCCUUUGGGAGUUCUUGUCAUAAUCGAUGACAUGAGUACACUAUAUUUCAUCAGAGCAAAUGGGAUGGAAAUAACAAGGAGAACGAGGGUUCAGCUGAAGUUAUCUUCUCCUAUCAUUGACCUUUUUGUACAGGAAGACCUAAACUCAAAGAACACUUCCUUGUGUGGCAUCUCCAUUAUUACAGCGGAUGGUUUGAUGCAUUACAUUCAGAUAACGGAAGAGCCCAAUAUAUGUGUACAUCAGUUACCUACUUUGAGGGGUCGCUUACAUUGUGGACAGUUGCCACAUAUUACGUGCAUGGAUUUUCAUCCUGAUCUUUCUUUGGCAGCUGUAGUCUGUGACUCCUGUGUCUCAGUGGACUCUAAGGACCGUACUGGAGAAUAUUCCCUAUUUGUGUCUCGAGUUAAAGCAAAUUCAGAAAUAGAGCUACUUGUUUCUGGUGAUAAACUGGAGGGAUCAUUUGCUUCUCCCAAAGGAUGUUUAAAUCACUGCAGUCAUCCAAAAGUGGCAAUAUCACCCCAGGGAAAAUAUGUGGCUACUCUGGAUUUUAUGGGUUGUGUAGAUGUUUUCAAACUUGAUCUUGAACUACAUUCUCUUUCUCUUCUUUCUUUUCCUGCAAAGCAAAAAUCAGAGAAAGCAGAUAGUUUAGCAUUUGAAAAGAAGAAAUGCUUCUUUGAUGUUGUUGAUGUCAGUUGGUGGGCUGAUAAUAUUCUCAUUCUUUCCAAUAUGAAUGCCUCUAUCACCAUGUAUGAUACCCUUAAUUGUGUAAAAGUUUCAGAAAAUGAUCCCAUAUUUUGCAUGCCACUCAUCGAAAGAGUCAAGCAUCAUCAAGGAUUUGUUUUCAUCUUGGAGAAUGCAUCAUCUGGUAGUAUGUCAGUAAAUUCCCAGCAGAUUGAGGAUGUCACUAGUGGAAAUUACAUUGAACGAGAUGCUGCCAGAUCAAGCUGGACUCUGAUGUCAUUUUCUGAGAGAUCUGUUUCAGAAAUGUAUACUAUUUUGUUAAAAAGUCAAAAAUACCAGGAUGCAUUGGAGUUUGCUUCUCAUCACAGAUUGGAUACUGAUGAAGUUUUCAAAGCACAGUGGUUGGAUUCUUUCCAAGGCAUCCCUGAAAUUAAUCUAUACCUGUCAAAAAUUAAGGAUAUGGUGUUUGUACUGUCAGAAUGUGUAAAUAGAGUUGGAACGACUGAGGAUGGUGUGCAGGCUUUACUUUCUCAUGGGCUUCGUAUCAGUGACCGGUACGAAUUUUCAGAUUCUGAUGUCAGCGACUGCAGCUCAUUCUGGAACAUCCGGAUGUUUAGACUUCAACUGUUGCAGUUCAGGGACAGAUUAGAGACAUUUAUGGGGAUAAAUAUGGGAAGGUUUUUGGCACAGGAAUAUUUCAAGUUUCGAUCUAUGCCUCUCACUGAAGCUGCUGUAGCUCUUGCUGAAAGAAGCAAAAUUGGGGCCCUUAAUUUGCUCUUUAAGCGCCAUCCAUAUUCAGUUUCUCCAAGGAUUUUGGACAUCUUGUCUUCUAUUCCUGAAACAGUUCCUGUUGAAUCAUAUUGUCAGCUCCUACCAGGGAUGUCUCCUCCUAGAACAAUUGCUUUAAGAGAUGCAGACUGGGUAGAGUGUGAAAAGAUGCUGUCCUUUUUGGACACAUUGCCAAGUAAAUCAGAAAAGAGCAACCAAAUUUUUACAGAAAAUUUACUGAAAAUUUGUACAGGCUAUGUUUGGCCAUCAGCUUCUGAACUAUCUUCUUGGUACAAGAACAGAGCUAAAGAUAUUGAUAAUUUGAGUGGACAGUUGGAUAAUUGCUUUUCUUUGGUUGAAAUUGGAUGUCGCAAUGGUAUUUUGGAGUUGCAACAAUUUCUGGAAGAUAUCUCAUACUUACGUCAAAUAAUUUAUUCUGACGGUUUUGAUGAAGUAUUUACUAUGAGUCUUGUCACUUGGGAGCAACUAUCAGACUACGAUAAGUUUAAAAUGAUGCUCAAGGGAGUCAAAGAAGACAUAAUAGUUAAAAAGCUGCGGGAAAAAGCCAUUCCCUUUAUGCGGAACCGAUGUAAGUUGGAGGCUUUUGAUUUUGCUGAUGAGACAAAGGCUGGUGAUAAAGAGUCAUUUCUAAUUAGAUGGUUGAAGGAGAUUGCUGCAGAGAACCGUUUAGACCUAUGUUUGGCAGUCAUUGACAAGGGUUGUGGGGACUCACCGAUUGAUGGACUAUUUAAAGAUGAAGUAGAAAUAAUAGAAACAGCACUGCAUUGCAUUUAUUCAUGCACCCUUACAGAUCAGUGGAAUGUGAUGGCAUCCAUUUUGUCAGAGCUUCCACGAAAUAUUUUAAGAGAUAAUUUGUUUGCCACCGACGAAGAUUUUAGUCCAAGGCAUGCUAAUCAGUAUUUUGAAACUUCAAAAGUUUCUUAUGUGAAGUAUGGCCUGGGAGGUUCCACUUCAGAUGAUUCUAGAGGAUCUGAUGGCAAGUCGGACAUUGAUGCAACUGCUGCUAAGGUGGAGAAGAGGAUAAAAAUUGCAGAGGGCCACGUAGAAGUUGGAAGAUUGAUGGCAUAUUAUCAGGUUCCAAAGCCAAUAUCUUUCUUUCUAAGUGCUCAAUCUGAUGAGAAGAAUGUGAAACAACUUCUUCGUCUGAUUCUGUCGAAGUUCAGCCGUCGACAGCCUACCAGAUCAGAUAAUGAUUGGGCAAGCAUGUGGCGUGAUUUGCUAUCCUUCCAGGAAAAAGCAUUUCCUUUUCUUGAUUUAGAGUAUCUUCUAAUAGAAUUUAUUAGAGGGCUCCUAAAAGCUGGAAAAUUCUCCCUUGCAAGAAACUACCUUAAAGGGACAGCCUCAGUUUCUUUGGCUCCUGGAAAGGCUGAAAAUCUAGUCAUUCAAGCAGCAAGAGAAUAUUUCUUUUCAGCUUCUAGUCUGUCUUGCAGUGAAAUCUGGAAGGCUAAAGAAUGUUUAAGCCUCUUGCCAAGUAGCGAAGCUGUUAAAGCAGAAGCUGAUAUGAUUGACGCUCUCACUAUUAGACUUCCAAACCUAGGGGUGACUCUUCUACCCAUGCAGUUUAGACAGAUAAGAAACCCAAUGGAAAUCAUAAAUAUGGUGAUCACAUGUCAAACUGGUGCUUAUCUAAAUGUAGAAGAGCUCAUUGAGAUUGCCAAACUUCUUGGUUUGAGCUCCCCAGAUGAUAUAGCAGCUGUAGAAGAAGCUGUGGCCAGAGAAGCUGCAGUUGCUGGUGAUCUGCAAUUGGCUUUUGAUCUUUGUCUAGUUCUUGCAAAAAAAGGCCAUGGAUCCAUUUGGGACUUGUGUGCUGCAAUUGCACGGGGUCCCCAUCUUGAUAAUAUGGACUUGAGUUCUAGGAAACAGCUGUUGGGUUUUGCUUUAAGCCACUGUGAUGAUGAAUCCAUUGGGGAACUACUGAAUGCAUGGAAGGAGGUAGAUACACAUGUUCAAUCUGAGAAUUUAAUAACUUUGACAGGCACUAAUCCACCAAGGUUCGUUAGCAAAGGAUCUUCAGUGUCACCACUUUCUGUAUAUUGCACUCCUGACAUAUUUGACCUACCAAAUGGCUCUAAGCCUAUGCAACAUGUCUUGUAUCCAGAUGGUGGAAAUGAUGAUGAUCAAGUUCAGUAUAAUCAAAUCAAAGAUGUACUUUCGAGAGUCGGCGUCGAUCUAUUGACCGAUGAUGCCAUUUGUUGGGACACUAUUUUAAGAGAAAAUAAGAGAGUCCUCUCAUUUGCUGCUUCAGAACUUCCUUGGCUUCUUGAUUUGUCAGAAAGAGAAGAAUAUGGUAAACUAUCUACUCUUGGGGCAAGACAUCAAGUUUCUACAAGAAUGCGAGCAUUGCUAAGUAUUCUCUGCUGGAUGGCUGGGAAUAAUAUUGCUCCAGCUGAUGAUACGAUCAAGUCUCUUGCCAAUUAUAUUAUGGAACCUCCUAUCACCGAAGAGGAUGAUGUCCUUGGAUGCUCAUUUUUGCUGAAUCUUGUGGAUGCUUUUCAUGGAGUAGAAAUUAUCGAGGAGCAGCUAAAAAGAAGAGACAAAUAUCAAGAAAUAUACAGCAUCAUGAACAUUGGAAUGGCAUAUUGUUCGCUGUACAAUGCUCAGGAAAAAUGCUCAAGUGCUGAACAAAGAAGGGAGCUGUUGCUGCAAAUGUUUCAUGAUAAGCAGGCAUCCUUCUGCUCAGAUGCAAUGGUACAGAUAGACAAGGUGACAUCAACAUUUUGGAGAGAGUGGAAGAUAAAACUGGAAGAGCAGAAAAGACUUGCAGAUCAUGUAAGAGAUUUAGAGCGAAUAAUGCCUGGAAUAGAAGCUGCUCGCUUUUUAUCUAGGGAUAUGGAGUACAUAAAAGGUGUUAUUUUCUCCUUCAUUGAUUCCGUAAAGCUGGAGAAGAAACACAUUCUUAAGGAAGCAGUGAAGUUGGCAGACACUUAUGGUUUGGACCGCAUUGAGGUAAUAUUGCGUUUCUUUGGUUGUGCCCUUAUUUCUGAACAUUGGGGAAACAACGAUAUUCUGGCAGAGAUUUCAGAAUUUAGGAAUGACAUUGUCAAAUGUGCCAAUGGAGUUAUUGAUAUGAUUCACUCAGUCGUCUACCCAGAGAUUGAUGGGCGCAACAAGGAAAGACUUUCCUACAUGUAUAGCAUACUCUCAGCUUGCUACUUACGCCUAAAAAAGGUUGAAGACCCAAUGCUAAUGACAUACCAAGAACAAGGACAUAUGCAUAUACUCGAGCCGUUCCAAUUUUACAAAGUUCUUGAACAGGAAUGCCAAAGGGUCUCCUUCAUUGAGAAUUUGAACUUCAAAAAUAUUGCUGGUUUGGAUGAUUUGAACUUUGAGCAUUUUAAUGAAGAAAUCUGUAAUAACAUCCAUGAACCUACAGUGGAAGCUCUAGCAGAAUUGGUGCAGGCUCUUGUUGGUAUUUAUGAUAAUUCACAAGCCAAGGGUCUCAUAUCAAUGGAAGGUGUCUACAAGCACCAUGUCCUAGGUAUUUUGGCAUCUUUAGAAGGUCGGAAUGAAGCUAGGUCAGAUAGUAUAAAAGCUCAUGAGUUGCAAGCUCUUUUAAUGGGAAUUGAGCUGAAUUAUGAUAAAUGCAAGAAGUAUGUUAGAGCUCUUUCAGAAGCAGAUAUAUCAUAUAUUGUUGGGAGAUUCUGCACUCUCUGUUUUCCUAGUAAUUUUUCACGGAGCCUACCAGAGGAACUUGCAUGGAAGGAUUGUCUUAUUGUUCUUUUGACACUUUGGAUCAAGCUGGUUGAUGAUAUCCCAGAGAAGUUAACCAGUAAAUUCUCUGAAGAAAAGCGAGUCUGCACUGGUACCAAUAAUCUUUUAAGAUGUCUGGAAGUGUUUAAAAGGAUUUUAAUUGAUGAUGAGAUUUCAGCAAAUCAAGGUUGGAAUGCCAUUUCCAACUAUGUUGUACAUGGUCUUAUGGAUGGUUCAAUAUCACACGUGUCAUCCUUUUUAAUAGCUAUGAUAUUUUCAGGGUGUCCAUUUAAAUCAAUUGGCGAAGCAUGUUAUGAAGAACUGCUUUCAGAAUUCUCCGGUCAGAAUACUACAUAUAAAUAUCUUAUAGAACUUUAUACGAAUCUGAUGGAUAGGGCCCUAGCAGACUUGAGCAUGGAAUUUGACAGACACCAGAAUUUGCAUUACUUGUUGUCGUCUUUGAGCAGAUUGGCAGGUAAUUAUGUGGAAGAACUUAAAAUGAUCAGAUCAGAAGUCUGGGUAAAGCUGAGGGCAUUUUCAGAUAAUAUGCAGUUACCAAGUCAAACUAGGUUAUAUGCGUUGCAGCUAAUGCAGUGUAUCACAGGAAUAAAUCUCAAAAGCCUUCCAGAUGAAAUUGUCUUCGAGGUGGAACCUUGGGAAGGUUGGGAUGAGUCUAUCUGCACAAAGGUCACUGGAACUUCUGAAGGAGCUGAAAUCUCUAGUAGUAUUACAAGUACUUUGGUCGCAUUUAAAUCGACUCAGCUGAUUGCAAAAAUUUUACCAAAUAUUGAGAUCACUCCAGAAAACCUGAUGACCCUUGACUCAGCUGUCUCUUGCUUCUUACAUUUAUCUGAAAGUGUUACGACUGUUGAAGAUCUCAAUGUUCUACAGGGUGUUUUGGAAGAAUGGGAUGAGUUCUUCUCUACAAAGAUGGAUAAGGAAGAGCAAAAUGAAUCCCCAAAAGAAUCAAACAACUGGAGCAGUGAUGAGUGGAAUGAUGGAUGGGAAGAGCUAGUUGCUCCAGAAGUAAAGCAACAGGGAUCUGUAUCUGUUAAGCGCCUUCAUGCUUGUUGGAUGGAAAUCAUCAAAAGGCUCAUUGGACUUUCUGAACUUCAUCGUAUCAUGGAGUUGCUUGAUAAAUCAUCACUAAAAUCUGAUAAUGUGCUUCUGAAUGAAGAAGAAGCUCAUUGCUUGUUUCAGCUGGUGGUUGGGAUGGAUUGCUUUAUGGCCCUUAAAUUGCUCUUGCUGCUCCCAUAUGAAGCUCCCCGCUCUCAGUGCUUACGUGUGCUCGAGAAUAAUCUAAAAACUGGAAGUAUUUCGGAUGCAUCUAGUGCAGCUGAUUAUGAGCUUCUUGCUAUACUAUUAUCAGCUGGGGUUGUACAUGAUAUUGCCAACGAUCCAUCUUUCUGCAAAGUAUUCUCAUAUGUCUGUUAUUUAGUUGGUCUUCUUGCUCGGCUGCUACAGGAAGAUCUGCUUAAUUCUUGGGAGGGUAAUGGAAGUAGACCUAAACAAAAUCAGUUAUCAAUAUUUAGCAGAAUUUUGUUGCCAUUUUUCAUAUCUGAGACUGUAUGUGGAGGUCAGCCUUUGAUAGCUGGGUUUAUUGUAUCAAGGUGGAUGCACACACACAUAUCCCUUGGUGUGAUUGAUGUUGUGGAGGCUAGUCUUAGAAGGUAUUUGGAACAGCAAAUCCUCCAAGUACAGACUUUAGUUGGUCAUGAGUUUGGUUUUGCAGAGGAUUCCUCUGGAGUCUUAGUGUUUACUUAUUCUUGUUUAAGACAUAAGUUGGGUAACCAGCUGCAAUCUGCAUUAUUGGCCCUUCCUAAGAUUGAUACUAGAUAAGCAUUGUGAUAGAAUGGUAGAGUCCAUUACUGCUAUUGUUCAUGUACUGGGAGGUCUCCCAAACUGGUCACUGUAGUUAACAACUUUGUUUACAAGAAUGCUAGAAUCUAUAGAUGAGAAAUCUUUUUAAGGCUAA